AUGAUCCUAUUUGGAUUACAGGAAAUUUGUGCAACACUAUUGGUAAUGCAAUGUGCCUUUGGUUUUCUUUUCAACUUCAAUCCUAAUCAGCAGCAGCAGCAGCAGCAGCAGCAAGCGCAGCCAAGCUUUGAAGACAUAUAUCUGAAUAACGAGUGCAAUGGUUAUCUGUGUCCGGACACCAUGCAAUGCGUUUCGCAGCCAAAAGAUUGUCCCUGCCCGUUUCCAAAAUCACAAUUGAAAUGUACCCUUCCCAAUGAUCGCUACAUCUGUAUCUCUAAACCUGCAACUCAUGACGCUGCGCUUAACGAGAUCUAUGAUGAUGAGACAAGGGGCUCGACAGCCAAAAAAGAGGAAGCCAGGGAUUGUGGAUGGGUACUCGACGCUUAUAUGGACAAGGUCUAG